CACCAAUGGUGCCGUAAUACAUGAUCAACAUGUACCUACCGUACAUGUGCUUGCAAGCCGGUCACUGGCCUGUAUGGCAGCUGAUUCUCAUCGCUAGGCUAACGAAAGGCUUAACCUGUAGACAAGGAGACAUUCAGUAUGCAUGUACAUAAGCUUGGCGUGAGGCACGCCCCCUCAACGGAUAUUUUCGGACCCAUAGUAUUCCAGGGAUACAUGAUCAGAGAUUUCUAAAUGAACGCAGUAAUACCGAGUCGCUCUUUGAAAAGGUCAAAAGUGUUGGCCUAUUGCCGUCUUUUUCCUACGUUUUCCUUUCCCUAAUCACGUCAGCUUUCCUAUAGUUAUCCUAUAGUAAUAACAACGACACCAACGGAACUGCGUGGCUGGAAACAGCUGCACGUAAGGGACUGGAGUGUGGACUACGAAUGACGCGUCGUAGUGGCAAUUGGCAGCCCCCAGAUUUCAGGCCAUGAGGAUUGAGCCUUUCAAAUGGGGGAAGGCUGGCCUUGGACGGUUCCUGGCGUUGGCCGCACUCCUUGUGCUGGGAGUCAGCGCUUUUAACCAACGCAUCGUGACCACCGAACAAGAGCUCCAUUCAGCUUUAUGGGACGCUUCAGUUACAGACAUUCUUCUUGUAGCUGAUGUACGCGUCCAUGACUCCCAGUUGUGGAGCCAGCAGGGCUCGGUCCUAGCGCCAGCCUCCCCGUCGCCAUCGCCGCCCUUGUGGCCUCCGCCGUCGCCCUUAUGGGCUCCCCAGCCCUCCUUGCCCUCCAAACCAGUUCCCAUCGCAAGACACCUACUCAUCCGCAGCUCCAGUUCCGCCACUUCUUCACCAGGCCCCAGUCCACCCGCGGCUUCCCCCGCGGCGGCAGCCCUGCACCUCCAGCUGCCCCUGCUAGACCUCACCCAGGCACAAGGCUGGCUGCAGCUCCAGCACAACUCCAGCCUGAGGCUGCAGGGCCUCCAGCUCGCCAGCACCCUUCACGAGGCGCAGCCUGGCCUGCAGCCCUUCGAGUCCCUGCUGCGUGCGCUCAUCACCAGCCCUGUCGCAGGAGCGGUUUCGGAGCAAUCGCUGCAGCAGGCCGGGCUGCUUCAGCUGGUAGCUGUGUCGCUGGAGGGCUGCGUGGAGCGAACAGACAUCGGACUGCCGCAGUCGCUGGCGGAAGCGGCCACAGGGGCGCUGCCGCAGCUGCCGCUAGCCGUCGCCGCAGCCGCCUCCGAGCCCACGGGUGCGGUCGGGGCCUGGUCCGCAGCGUCCUUGUCCCCCAAUGCGCCUUCGGCACGCGCCGUGUCACAACAGCUCUGCCUUACCAGCUCUAACUGCAGCAGCAGCAGCAGCAGUGGAAGCAGCUGGGUGGCCUGCGGCUGCCUGCAUGGCGCAGUGCGGGUGGAAUCAGCCGCCACCGCUCUGGCACUCAGCUCCUCCUCGCCCUCCUCCGUAGACAUCAGCAGCGGCGUGGCCAACACGGGAACGGCAGCGACACCCCCUUCACCGCCUCCCACGCCCCAGUCGCCGGUGCUGGUGCUGCUGGUGUCGGGCAGCUACAGCGUGUCGCAGGUGCAGGUGGAGGCUGCGUGUCUUGCGGCCGGCAGCUCGCAGCGCACGCUGCAGGAGUGUGUGGAGCUGGCGGUGGCGCAGCUGGUGCUGCAGGAGCAGGGGUCAGCAGCGGAGGAGGAGGGCAGCGGCAGCGAGGCGGCGGCGGCUGUGGGAAUGGAAGGGAGCCGGCAAAAGGAUUUUGUGGUCGUGUUGGCGGUGCUGCUGCCCGUCUGCUCAGUGCUGCUGGCAGCGCUGCUGGCGGUGAUGUGCCUGCUGCGGCGGCUGCGGCGCGCCCACCUGCGCGAGCGGGGCGCGCAGCGGGCGCCGGGCGUGGGCCCCUCCACCACCCUGCUCAUCACCGACAUUGCCAACUCCACGGCGCUGUGGGAGUCGCUUCCGGAGGAGGUUAUGGACCAGGCGCUGAAACUGCACCACUCGUGUCUGCGGGUGCUGCUGGCGCGGCACGACGGCUACGAGAGCGCCACGGAGGGGGACUCCUUCAUCCUGGCCUUCCACCAGCCCGCGCAUGCAGCCAAGUUCGCGCUCAGUGCGCAAGUCCAGCUGAUGGAGGUCAAGUGGCCGGCCGAGGUUCUCGCCCACGCGGAUGGACACGAGGUCUGGGUGAUGCCGCGCGCCACCGAGCUCCAGCCCGCCCCCUCCAGCUCCCUGGGCGCCACGUCGGUGAUCAACGCGCCGCUCAACCAGCACGGACUACUAGACCCCAGCUGCGGCGGCGGCGGCGCCGGCGGCGGGCCCCGUACCUCCUUCGGCAUCCUCGGCGGCCGGGACUACGGAGGUUCCCGCAUGAGCUGGAGUUCCCGAGCGAGGUCCUUCAAAGCCUGGCCGAAUCCGAUUUUGUGGGGGCCCGCGGACCGCCCCGCAGAGUUUGAUCCGUACUCCGCUCCCCUGGAGUUUGAGGGCGGCGCUUUCGGCAGCGGCCACAACGUGCAUCGCUCGUCCUCUCGUGUAAGGCAGUUCCUGCGUGGAGGGGCUUUCGGCGGCAGCCCUGGGCGAGCUGAUGCCUCGCGGCCCUCCUCCAUGCAAGGCUACAGCGAGGCGGCGCGGCUGGCGAUCGCGGGGAUCCGUCGCCGCGUGGGGGCAGCCAUGAACGGCGGCUCUAGCGGGCAAGAUCUGGAGGAUCCGCAUCGCGCCAACUCCUUCGCUGUUGGGUUUCUGGGAUCCACGAAGGAGCGGAAGAUGCUGUUUUCGCAGGCAGUCUCGACGGAGGUCACCGCCGGCGGCGGCGGUCUGCCGUACACUGUGCCCAACGGCGCCGCCGUCGCCGCCACCGCCGGGCCCGCGCGCGUCGGCAGCUUUACCAGCGGCACUCGAUCGCUGCUGCGCCAGGCCCUCAGCUUUAAUCGCCGCCAAGGGAGCUUUAAAGGCGUAUCGCGGACGGGUCUGUCGGCAGGGCCCGCCGCCAGCGGCUCUGCUGCUGACGCGGCAACGGAUGGGGCUAGCGCUGGUGACGGUGGGGCCGGCGGCGGCGGCAGUACGGGGCCUGUGGGCGCCUCCGCGAUCAACACCGCAGGAUCGGGCACCACCACCUCCAGCGUGUGGGCAAUAUCGCCCGGGCAGUCCCGUGGCGGAUCUCGCCGCACGACCGCCUCGCAUCACCCCACGGCACGUGGCAGCUUCGAAGACAUGUACGGCAUGCCGGGCCUCGCCGGGUCGCCCUCUCCGCACCCCGCCUUAGCCCUGGAAGGCCAGCCGGCGGCCAGCCGCCCCGCAAGCACGGCGUCGGUAGCCGCAGCUGGCGGUGGCGUCUGUGGAGGCUACGGCGGCGGGAGGGGGAGCCUACUCCGGAGCAUCGGCCGCAGUGCCGGAGGCGGCGGCGGAGGGUCACCCUUAGCGUUGAGUCAAGCGCCGUACGGCAGUGGUGACCACAGCCCGGAUCCAGAUUUGCAACCAUCACCGUGCUACGCUCCGGAAGGUAGUGGCGGCGGCGCCGGAGACAGGGGCAUCGGCGCCGACACCGCUGCCGCUGCCGGUGCUGCUGCCGCCAUGGACCAAUCAGGCAUCUGCUCUGUCGCUGGCAUCAGCCUGCAGCCCGUCGAUUCCGACGCCACCACGGGCAUCCUGCUGACAUCCAUUAUCGAGGCCGACAGCAGCGCCGCCACCGACGAUGUACGGCUGCUCAGCAACAUCUCCACGCAGCUCAUGGAGGCGCUGGACUGCAUGGCGCACAGCAGCGCCAACAUGACGCUAGCAGCGACCAGAGCGCCCGCCACCGUGCCCGCUGUGACAGCGCCGGCUGGUGAGGAGCAGUCUUCCUCCGUACCCCCCAGGACGCUGCUGUCAAUGACCCCCUCCCAACGCGAUCGCCUGCGUCGCGCCAGCGCGCCGGGUGACGCCCCGGGCAGCAGUCCGGAUGGGGCACCUCCGCCACCCGGAGCCACCAUGCCCCGUCCGGCAGCAGCGCCGCGCGGCGCCAGCGGCUGCGGCAGCGGCAGAGGCGGCAGGGAGGAGCGGCUGGGUGUGUCGAUAUUCACCCGGGCCCGGGGGUCGGGCGCGGGUGGCAGCCCGCUGUCUGCGGCCUCUGGUGGCGGGCUGGUGCCAGCGCUGGCGGCGGCUGCGGGGCGCCUAACGGCCGGGCAGCUGGGCGACCGGCGGUGCUCGGUGGAGGAGCGUGACUCGGACGGCAACAACAUGAGGUCGGGCAGCUGCUGCAACCCCGCAUCGGAUAGCUGCAACGGUAAUCUGUCCGACAGUUUACCGCUUUCACCCAGGGUGUCCCAAGUGGCGUCCGGAGGCGCAUUCGGACACGUCACAGCAGCAGCAGCAGUGGCUGGUGGUGGUGUGCAUGUGCCGUCCGCUGCCGCCGCCAUCACCCCAUCAGCGGCCACAGAGGCUGCGUCGGAGGCGGACCCCGGGCGGCGAGCCCCGGCAGCCGCAUCCACACAUGCUGCUUGCGCACGUUCCAUGGCGCACAGCAGCGCACUUGCCGGCAGCAGCAGCGCCCUGGACCUCUACCCCGCCCACGCCUCGGCCGCUGCGUCCAUGUCGCAUGCCUGUGCGGGCGGCUCGCCCUUGCUGUCCCCCUGCGACAGCUCACGUCCCGGCGCGCAGCCCCUCCUGGGAGGCAGCGCAUUGUCCGCGGCCAUGGCACGCCUCAUGCGAGCCCCGCGCCGCUCCCUCCGGGACUUCCCCUAUCACAGCAGCGCAUCGCUGCCCGCCAUGGAUGGCCAUACUAUGGAUGGCGCCGGCGGCCGCAGCAGCAUGGACGCGUGCUUUGCUGGGUGCGCUGAUAUUCCCGCCUGCGGUGCAUGCAGCCCCCGACUGGGCGGGCUGGCCCCCAUCUUGGAACCCCGCAGCCAGCCGCUCUCCUCUCCCUCAAAUGAGUACCCGGACAUCAGCAUCCGCGGCGUGGGGGGCGCUGGGGGCACCAUCGCCGCAGCAGCUGCCGCCGCAGCAGCAGCGAAAAACUCCGCAUCCGGCGGCAGUCAAGAGUUCCAAGCCCCCAUUUCCAUCGGACACCUCCGCCAGCACUCCGCCGGCCUGCCCACACCCACCUGCACGGCGGAACAGAACGCAAUUGCUGCUGGCGGCGGCAGCGGCGGCGGCGGCGGUGGCAUGGAGCCGGCGGUGGCUGGCGGCGGCUCAGGUAGCGCCAGCCCCUUCCUCACCACGGCAAACUGGCCGCCCAUCGAACGGAGCUCCUCGGUGUCUCAGAUGCUGGUGCGCGGCCUCUCCCGCGCGAGUCUUGCGGUGCGGCAGCUCACGAAAGACCGCAACAUGGGAAACAACAGCAGCAGCAAUAACAACCGCUACACGGCCAGCGGCGGCGGCGGCGACAGCUGGUCGCUGGUAAGCGGGAGUGGCCGCGGCGGCGGCGGCGGCAGCGUGCGUAGGGGUCAGGGUAACGGCGGCGCAAGCAGCAGUGCGGGGAUGUCCCUGGCUGCCGCCGCCGCCCUGGCGACCGCGAGUGAUUGCGACAGGGAGAGCGGCGUGGAGCUGUCGGCGAUUGGCAUGGUGACGGACGGCCUCAUGCGUAGCAUGGCGUUGGGGCGGCCGCCCUCGUUGUUGCAGGCGCCGGUGCUCUCGGGGCCGGAGGGUGGCGGCGGCGGUAGUCAGUCCCCGCUGCUAGACCUGGGAAUCACCGUCGCCCCAGACGACGCCUCCGCCUCGCCCUGCGUCUCCGCGCUGCCCUCCCGCGCCGCCUCCAAACUAGCAGCCGUUGCCACCUCCGCCCGCCAGUUCUCGCGCACAAGCCCCCCCAACCUCUUCGGCAUGGGCGGCGGCGGCGCCACCGCGGUUGCGGGUGCGGGGGGCUCUGCGCCCAGCCCCCUGCCGCCGGGCAGCGGCAGCGGCGGUGCCUUCCUGCGCCUGUCCUUCCUGAGCCCCACAUUGGCGCAGCGGGGCAGGGCGGCGGAGCGGACCAGCACCUCGGACUGGUCGCAGAGUGUGCGCACCUCGCUGGUGGCGGUGCAGUGCCUCAGCUGGCGGGAGCGCUGCCGGGAGGAGUGGCCGCUGGCGGUGCGGCCCGCCCCGCCGGCGAGGUGCGCGUACAGGGGCCUCCGCGUGCGCAUGGGCCUGCACACCGGCAUCUCCACCGCCUCCGACGUCACCUUCAACCACACCACCUCGCACAUGGCGUACGGAGGGGUGGCGCUCAAGGUUGCCAAGGCGGUUGCUGACGCCGCGGCGGGCGGCAUGGUGCUCAUGUCGCACUCCACCUUCCAAGCGCUGCAGGGGGGCAGCAUGGCGGAGCUGCCGGGCUCGCCGCAGGCUGUGUUCAGCGGCGAGUCGGACCUGGGUCUGUCCCUGGCCCCCGAGCACCCGCGCUACUGCCUCUACCAGCUGGUGCACCGCGACCUGCUGCAGCGGCUGGGCUACGCGGCGCCGCUGCGCAACAUCCCGCUGUCGCAGAUGGGCACGGAGGACGCGCCCACCGGCUACUGCGCCAUCAGCUUCAUGCAUGUGGCCUCGGCGAGCAUGCUGGUUGCGGAGCUGGGUCAGCCGGGAGUGGAGGCGCUGCAGCAGUUCAAGUCCAUCGUGACCGAGCUGUGCAGCCGCUGCGGCGGUUACCUGGUGGAGGCGAGCGAGGGGCUGUGUCUGGCGGCAUUCAGGCACGCGGCGGCGGCGCUGGUGUGGGCGCUCAGCUGCCGGGAGGCGCUGGAGCAACACAACUGGUCGGCGGAGGUCCGCCGCUGGUACCGCUUCACGUCACCCAACCCCGGCGGCCCCAAACCCGUCACCGGCGGCCCCAACACCGGCGGCGGCGCCCCCCAUACCAAUCCCACUCCCCGCAACGGCCGCGGCCCCCGCCCCCGCACCGGCGUGCAUGUGGGCAGUGUGAACGUGGAGGUGAACCAGGCCACCGGGCGCAUGACCUACCGCGGCAAGGUCAUGAACCGAACCUCGCGCAUUGCACACAAGGCGGCUUCGGAGCAGAUCGUGUGUUCCAAGGAAGCAUGGGAGGCGGUGGGCGCGUCCAUUGCUACCAUCGUACGGGAGAUCGAGGAGGAGCGGCAGCGCGCCGCGGCGGAGGCGGCGGAGGCGGCCGAAGCUGCUGCUGCGGCGGCGGCGGCGGAGGGCACCUCCUCCUCGGCUGCGGAGGGUGAGGAUGUGCUGCCGGAGCUGGGAGGAGCCGGCGGCGCCGCCCUCACGCUCGCUUCCGGCGGUAGCGGUCGGGGCUCCACUCGGGCCCUGUCCCUACUCCGCGGCCGUGGCGCCGGCGCCGGCGGCAGCAGCGGCGGCGGUGUGGGCAGCGGCGGCGCGAGUCCGGUGCGGCGGGAGGCGCUGUCGGAGGUGCAGCCCAAGCUGCGGCCCGGCUCCCUGGCGGCUAACCUGGCGGCGACGCUGCGCUCCACUCGCUCCGUGAGCGCCAAGCAGAUGUCGGCGACGGCGCUGGCGCUGAGCCGCCGCGUCACGUCCUUCACCUCGAAGCACGGCGGGUUGGGCGACACGGGCGGAGGAGGCGCGGGUGAGGGGGGCGGCGGGGCGGUGGGUUCGGGGUCAGGGUGCGCGGGUGCGGCCGCGAGCGGUCUGGUGACGCGUGCCGCGUCGAUUUCGGUGUUGCCGCGUACGGCACUGCAUAACGUCGUGGCGGCGGCCGCUGCGGCGGCGCAGUCCUUUACCCUGCGGCGGAACUCCGGACCCGCCAUCGCCCAAGGCAUGGGUCCUAUUGCUGCCGCUGCCGCCGCUGCUACGUUCAGCCGGAGCCCAGCUGGCGCCGGCAACGCUCCGGCUGGAACGCCGCAAACCGACGGUGGAGGAGGCGGCGGCGAUGGUGCUGUUCCGGAGGAGUCCGCCCCUGUGCUGGCUUCCUCCCUGGAGUGGCAGGCGCUGAGACGGCUGGUGGGGAGUCAGGUGCAGCUGCCGGCGUCCAAGAGGCUGGACGCCCGGUUCCUGGGCAGCUACAGCCUGAAGGGUGUUCGUGAGGAGAUGCGGCUGUUCGAGGUGUUUUGGGCGGACGAGCGGGACGAGGCCCGGGAGCCCGCCGGCGCCGCGGCAGCAGGUGGCAGCGGCACGGAUGCCGGCACUGACGGCGGCGGCGGCACUGCUGCUGCGUCGCACCCGGCAGCAGCACCCAGCAACCCUGCUGCUAGCACCGAACCACCAGCAGCAGCAACAGCAACAGCGGCGGCGGGGCUGUCGGGAUCAAACCCGAGAAUCGCGCUUCGAGACCACCACCACCGCAGUCCGCAGAUCUCAGUUGUGUCCGCGUCUCGCAUGGCAGUUGCCGCUUCCGCCGCCACUGGCGCCGCCGGUGCCUCCACCGCCCAUGGCAGCAUGGCGGCGGGGGUGGGGGUUGGCAGCACCGGCGGGCGGCUUUCUGCCGACACUCGGGCGCCCCUGGGGCCAGACUCCGGCGCCAUCGGGGGUCGUAGCGGCCGUUCCGACUGGGGUGCGCCUGACACGGGCUACAGCCUGUGUGAGGAGGACCUGUCAUGCGGCACGCUGGCGGCGCUGCCAGAUCCCGAGCCGGGCGGGGGGCUGCAGGGCUUUGGCGGCAUGUUGCUGGGCGGCAGGAAGCAGCUCUCGCCGGCGUCCUCCAGGCUGGCGUUCACGGAGCAGCGCAACUCGCAGCCGGCGUUGCUGGCGGCGUCCCCCGUGCGGGCGGCGGACAGCCGCUUCGCCAGCAUGAGUGCAGGCAUGGCGGCGACCUCGUACUCCCCGGAGCUGGCACCCGCGGGUGGUGGCAACGCCGGCGGCGGCGGUCAGCGCCAAUCGUACGGACCGGGUCCUGCUUGCUUGCUACCGGGGCCGGGCAGCGGAGGUAGCGGCAUGGGCGGGGGUGGAAGCUCGCCGCGGGAUCAGACGGGGCUUCCCAGAGCAUGGGGGGGUUCGACAGGCACCACUGGUGGCAGCAGCGCUGGGGUGGCUCUUCCCUUGGCGGGCGGCAGCAGUCGGGGCAUGAAUAUCCUGGCGAGCCAGAUGAGCUGCGCGGGCAGUGCGGGGGCUGGCAGCACCCGCCGGCGCCUGAUGGGCGGCGUCACCUUUGCGGAGCCGACAGCCAACAACAGCCGCACAGCGGGGAACGCGAGGAGUUUCGACAGCAGCAGCAGUACUGCCUACGCCGGCGGUACCGGUAUGUCAUACAAGCAACGUUGGCAACAGUACGGCGGGGUCGGCGGCAGCGUCAGCCCAGGCCUCGGCGGCGGUGGCGAGGAUGGCAGCGGAGGCGGAGAGCCGGCCGCUGGUCCCGGCGGCCCUUCUCGCCCCUCCCGAGCUGAAGCCUUGCCCGCGACAGCAUCAGCGCCCUUACGCCCUAUCACGCUAGCGCACCAGCCUCCAGGGGUACAGCAACCCCUGCAGCAGCAGCAGCGGAUGCAGGCGCCAGCCGGCAACCAGCAGGCGCUGGGGUCUCAACAGCCGCCCCUCGGGUUUUCGCUGGCUGCGGCCCUGCGCUCGUCUCUGGGGGCAACAGCGGAUGCAGCGGCGGCAUCGGCGGCAGCGGAUGCAGGGGGUUCCUCUUCCUCUGCCGCUGCAGCCGCUGCUGCCAGUCCGCAGAGGCUGCUACACGGGCCACCGCAGCAGCAGCAGCUGGUGUGCUCGGAGGGGGACGGAGUGGAGUCGCCGCCGCUUCGCAGUGAGGCCGAGAUCCAGAUAGAAAUGGUGGAGGCUGGGCGGGAGUGAGAGGCGGCGGUGCGGUGUUACUCAUGGGGGCUGUUGUGCUGUGCGCGUGUGUUGAGAUCUCGAGCAGAUGCAACCUGCUGAGGCGCCGUUGGACACAACCUUCGUAACACAGCCAUGCAUGAAGAGUCGGAGGGGAUUGUCGCGCCGGGUGCUGUGCCGGUGAGCCAUUGUAGUGUUGGCACAAGUUUUGGUUUGUGAUUACUCAUUUGGUAUGCGCGUGGCGUGUUACUUCGACUGGUUCGUUAUACCAAUUGGCCGCGAUAUGUGUGCGUUCGUGUGUAUUUACUUCGUAUGUGCGUAGAGGCAAGCAAAGGGGCAAGAGCAGGAAGGGGCAAACAUGGUUGUGGCGCCGAAACCCACUUCUGUUGGAGUUUCGGCGCUGGCGGGUGGCCCUACUUCCAUCUUUCUCGCCCCCAGCUGCUGGCCCUACCAUUUAUAUACUGGCUUUACUAAUCCGCUUUAUUUUGCAAGUGGACUACCAGUUGAUUUCAAGCAGUGCUGCUUUGCGCACGCUUUUUGCGCGAGCGCUUUUUUAAGCUCGUCGGAGUGUAAUGACGUCAGCCGGGGUCUGAACGGCUUCAGGCGUAUACCGCACUGCUCAGCUGAAUCAGCCUAUAUAUCGUUUUGGUUGCUGUGCACGAUUAGGGGGGUGCCUUUGUCCUGUCAUGGCGUCUAACUGCUGCGUGCGAUACGUACGCGAUUGUGACGCGUGAUUGCUGCGUGCCUUUACUGGAAUGCCUGGGUAGCAAUGCCAUGUGGUGGCAGGGGCGGUCGACUGCCAUCGCUGCCGCCCCGACUGGCCCCUCACCACUGCGGCGAGGGUGUUAUGCACGGGGCCCUGUCGCCCCAGGCGCAUUGAGGGCGCAUUAGCCGCGUUGGCGCUUUAUUAUUACCGGUAGUUGGUAGUUGAUUUACGUCGGUAGCGGUAUCCAUGCAUCCUGCUUCCUCAUUGCAUUCUCACACUUGUCACGUACUUCCUAUUGAUGUGGCCACAUGCGACCGCGUUCCUAAAGGGUCGCCGACCGGUACUGUUAUAGCGACAGGUACUCCCUAGCGGUUUACGGGUUGGGGUGCCGACGCGUGUGGGUUGCUGUUCCUUGUAGGCGUACUGCAGCAGCUGUGUGUCUUGCGGGGGUUGUAGAGGUUCCGGUGACCCCAAGAAGUGAUUGUUGAGUAUGGUGGGGUUGGGCAGAGUUGGUCUCUUUUGUUGUUGAGGCGGCUUCGCACCGGUAUACCGUAGGCGUGCACGUGGGUUAGGACAGCAAUGGAAAGGACGGGCGACACCGUAACGCAUGCUCGAAGUAGCGGGUGUUGCGGACAGUGCUGUUGCACCUGUCGAAGCCCUGAGGGUGGCAUUCCAUGCUGUAUACCCGUACACAUAUUCCUAGAGCUUAUGUUAUUAUGCAGCCAGGGUGCGGGUCGGCUACGAGGCAGAGGUUGCUCUUUAUGGAAAAUAUAUCCGAGUGGUGAAGCUUCAUUGCGUGCGAUACUGAUCAGUAGUGCAGGGAGUGUGUGUGUGUGUGUGUGUGUGUGUGUGUGUGUGUGUGUGUGUGUGUGUUAAAAUAACUGUGUGUGUGUGUCGCGAGGGCAGUAUCGUCCCAUAACUCCUUUGUUUUCGGUAUGGUGACGGGGAGGCGGAGGGGAGGGAAAAAAUUAAAUAUGUGAAACAACGAGCCCCAAUCCCAUAUCCCGACUCAUGCAGUGAGCGCAUGGGUGGGAGGGCAUGGCCGUUUUGGCUACGAGAAACUUUUGGGGCAGAACCAGGACGGCGCGGGGGCGGUGGAGAAGGGUUGUUUACUUUGAUUGUCAUGCGGGCUGGACAUGCAGCUACCGGUAUGUACGUCACGGGUGCGGUGGGGUGGGUGGAGGCUGGGGGUUUAGUUGUUUCGCCUGUUUGGGAAUGGAAGAGGUACGGUACGGUUAAAGGUUAUAUCAAGGCUUGACCAGGAGCGGCCUUGGCGAGGCCAACCGUAGACCUCGUACAACUAGCAUGUGCCGGCGUUGCAGAGGACCGGAAGUCCCCUCAUAUUGUGCGUGUCACGAAGCAUAAUUUUGUAAUGUUGUACAAUUAUUA